AACCACAACUCACUUCAUUCACAACACCCUCACCCCUGUUCCACAUCAGGGACAGAGGAAACAGAGCACCCAACCCUCGCACAAAAAGGAGAUUUCACCACAGCUUCAAGGGCCAUGGCGCCGUCCUAUGACAAGACCAUCGCCACGGCGGCCUCGUUGGCAGCCUCCCUGAUGCUCGUCCGCAGCCUGGCAAGCGAGCUGCUGCCAUCCGAGGUGCGGGGUGCGCUGUCCACAGCCCUCAGCAGCCUGCGGGCACGCAUGACGUGGCAACACACCAUCGUCAUCGAGGAGAACGAGGGAUGGUCCAGCAACCGCGUCUACAGCGCCGUCAAGGCCUACUUGGCCACGCGCAUCAACGCCAACAUCAAUAUGCAGCGCCUGCGCGUCAGCAGCACCGACGAAUCUGAGAAGAUGGUCGUCAGCAUGGAGGCGGGCGAGGAGAUGGCAGAUGUGUAUCAAGGAGCAGAGUUCAAUUGGUGCCUGGUCACCCAUGAGGUCAGUGGCGACCCGAACAACGGCGGCGGUGGGGCGCGGGAGGUCAGGUCCUAUGAGGUGAGCUUCCACAAGAGGCACAAGGAGAAGGCCCUGAAAGAGUACCUCCCGUUCAUCGUCGCCACGGCCAAGGCCAUAAAGGACCAGGAGAGAAGCCUCAACAUCUACAUGAACGAGCGCUACGACGAGUGGUCCCCGAUUGACCUCCAGCACCCCUCCACCUUCGACACCCUCGCCAUGGACCAGAAGCAGAAACAGUCAAUUGUUGAUGACCUCGACCGGUUCAUCAAAAGGAAGGACUACUACAGGAGGAUCGGUAAGGCAUGGAAGCGCGGGUACCUGCUGUACGGCCCGCCAGGUACCGGCAAGUCCAGCCUCAUCGCCGCCAUCGCCAACCACCUCAGGUUCGACAUCUACGAUCUCGAGCUGACUGGGGUCAAUUCCAACUCGGACCUCAGGAGGCUUCUCGUCGGGAUGACCAACCGUUCCAUUCUCGUGGUUGAGGACAUCGACUGCACCAUUGAACUCAAGCAGCGGGAGGAAGAUGACGAGGAGGAUUCCAAGUCCAAUUCUACAGAAAAGAAGCCAGAAGACAAGGUCACACUGUCUGGACUGCUCAAUUUUGUUGAUGGCUUGUGGUCGACAAGUGGGGAGGAAAGGAUCAUCAUCUUCACCACCAAUUACAAAGAGCGUCUCGACCCGGCACUCCUGCGGCCUGGCAGGAUGGACAUGCACAUCCACAUGGGGUACUGCACCACGGAGGCCUUCCGAAUCCUUGCCAACAACUACCAUUCCAUCGACUACCAUGCCACCUACCCAGAGAUCGAGGAGCUGAUCGAGGAGGUGACAGUGACGCCUGCAGAGGUCGCCGAGGUUCUGAUGAGGAACGACGAUACUGAUGUUGCGCUCCAUGAUCUUGUCGAGCUCCUGAAGUUAAAGAAGAAUGAUGCCACUGAGAUCGGGACUGAAAGUAAGAAGGCGGAGGAGAAGAAAGACUCCAAUGAGAUCAAGACCCAGAGUAUGCAGGUGGACGAGAAGAAAACUGUUGAUGAGAUCAAGACUGAAAGUGUGCAGGUGGAGGAGAAGAAGGAUGACAAAAAGGUGGUGGUGAAGAAUGAUUUUACAGAAAACGGAAGCGACUAGGAUUGCGGAAGGUGAUGGUGACCAGAGACUGCGUGUACCAUGUAGAUAGGUCCUACAGGAGAUCCAUUGGAACAUAUGUCGAUCAUUUUGACAGCUAAAAGCAUUGUGUUUUUUAGUUUUUCGACGCACCUGUACUUAACAGUGUGCUUCUAAAUAACUUUGUAAGUACUGUUGCGAUAAGUUAUAUAUAUGUAACUUGACAACUUGCAUAAGA